AAAAGUAACCAACUUUAAUAUACAUACAAAUGACAAUAUCUAUAAAAGGGGGUGUUUUUGGCUGUCUUUCCUCACCACUAUCAAACGCAAAGCACGUUCGAGUUGCUGUGCUGGUAUCGUUAAUGGCGGAAUCACCAGUCCUGGCUCGCGUCCACAGCCUCCGGGAGCGACUGGAUGCGACGCUCGCCGCCCACCGGAAUGAGAUUUUACUGUUUCUGUCGAGGAUUGAAGCCCACGGAAAGGGGAUUCUGAAACGCCACCAGCUCCUGGCGGAGUUCGAAUCGAUCCGGGAGGCCGACAAGGCGAAGCUGCAGGAUCACGCCUUCGAAGAAGUCCUCAAGAGCACACAAGAAGCCAUCGUGCUGCCGCCGUGGGUGGCUCUGGCGAUCCGCCUGAGGCCCGGCGUUUGGGAGCACGUCCGCGUCAAUGCAAACGCGCUGGUGGUCGAGGAGCUGAGCGUGCCGGAAUACCUGCAGCUCAAAGAAGAGCUCGUCAAUGGAAUUGGUAAUGGCAACUUCGUCCUCGAGCUCGAUUUCGAGCCGUUUACGGCAUCCUUCCCUAAGCCGACUCUCACUAAGUCCAUCGGCAACGGCGUCGAGUUCCUCAACCGCCACCUCUCCGCGAAGAUGUUUCACGACCGCGACAGCUUGACUCCUCUCCUCGAUUUCUUGAGGAUGCAUCAUUACAAGGGCAAGACGAUGAUGCUAAACGAUCGGAUAAAGGAUCUUAGCUCGUUGCAGCGCGUUCUGAGGAAGGCGGAGGAGUACCUGUCGACGCUGCGUCCGUCGACGCCGUACGACGAAUUGGAGCAUAAGUUCCAAGAGAUAGGAUUGGAGAGAGGGUGGGGCGACACGGCGGGGCGCGUCGCGGAGAUGAUAUCGAUGCUAUUGGACCUGCUCGAGGCUCCGGAUUCGUGCACUCUCGAGAAAUUCCUCGGAAGAAUUCCGAUGGUUUUCAACGUCGUCAUCCUCUCCCCGCACGGCUACUUCGCGCAGGAGAAUGUGUUGGGCUAUCCGGACACUGGUGGCCAGGUCGUCUACAUUCUGGAUCAAGUUCCGGCGCUAGAGCGCGAAAUGCUGAAGAGGAUCAAGGAGCAAGGACUCGAUAUCACGCCGCGGAUUCUCAUAGUGACUCGGUUGCUCCCCGAUGCGGUUGGAACGACCUGCGGCCAACGUUUGGAGAAAGUGUUCGGAGCUGAGCAUUCGCAUAUUCUUCGAGUUCCUUUCCGAACGGAGAAGGGAAUCGUUCGUAAAUGGAUUUCUCGAUUUGAGGUUUGGCCUUACAUGGAGAGAUUCACCGAGGAUGUCGCGAAGGAGAUCACGGCGGAGCUGCAGGCGAAGCCGGACUUGAUCAUCGGAAACUACAGUGAGGGUAACUUGGCUGCAUCAUUGCUUGCUCACAAGCUGGGAGUCACACAAUGCACCAUAGCUCAUGCCUUGGAGAAGACCAAAUAUCCCGACUCCGAUACUUACCUCAAGAACUACGACGACAAGUAUCACUUCUCGUGCCAGUUCACGGCAGAUCUCUACGCGAUGAACCAUACCGAUUUCAUUAUCACCAGCACGUUCCAGGAGAUUGCCGGAAGUAAGGACACCGUGGGACAAUACGAGAGCCACAUGGCGUUUACAAUGCCUGGACUAUACCGGGUUGUCCAUGGAAUCAAUGUGUUCGACCCCAAGUUCAAUAUCGUCUCCCCCGGAGCUGACAUGAACAUCUACUUCCCGUACACGGAGAAAGAAAAAAGGCUCACGACGCUCCACCCUGAGAUUGAGGAGCUUCUUUUCAGCCACGUCGAAAAUGAGGAACACUUAUGUGUCCUGAAAGACAAGAACAAGCCAAUUCUGUUCACAAUGGCGAGGUUGGACCGCGUCAAGAACCUGACAGGGCUAGUCGAGCUGUACGCCAAGAAUCCAAAGCUGAGGGAGCUGGUGAACCUCGUUGUCGUGGGAGGCGACAGGAGGAAAGACUCGAAAGAUUUGGAAGAACAAGCGGAGACAAAGAAGAUGUACAGCCUCAUCGAAACCUACAACCUGAAUGGCCAAAUCAGAUGGAUAUCUUCCCAGAUGAACCGCACGAGGAAUGGCGAGCUCUACCGUUGCAUUGCUGACACGAGGGGCGCCUUCGUGCAACCUGCAUUUUACGAGGCAUUUGGACUGACUGUGGUCGAGGCCAUGACUUGUGGUCUCCCGACUUUUGCAACGCUCCAUGGUGGACCGGCAGAGAUCAUUGUCGAUGGUAAGUCCGGAUUCCACAUCGAUCCAUAUAACGGCGAGCAGGUUUCUGAGGCUCUCGUAAAGUUCUUCGACAAGUGCAAGGAGGAGCCUUCUUACUGGGAUACAAUCUCCACGGGCGGACUGAAGCGCAUCCAGGAGAAGUAUACUUGGCAGAUUUAUUCGGACAGGUUGCUGACGCUGGCGGGAGUGUAUGGAUUCUGGAAGUAUGUCUCUAAGCUCGAUCGCCUUGAGAUCCGGCGAUACCUCGAAAUGUUCUACGCGCUCAAGUAUCGCAAGCUGGCUGAAGCUGUUCCACUUGCUGUUGAGUGAAGGAAGAAGAUAUGCUCUGUUAUGUUCUAUUUUGCAAAUAAUGUGGGACAAUAAGAGACAGCAUGAUUUUGGGAUUGUUGUUUGUUUGUAUGAGCAAAUUGCUCUUGCUCUUUUGUUUGAGGUUUGUCAUAAUUUCGGAUUUGAGAAUGUAUGCAUACAUCUAUCUACAUAUUUGAUCUCUGCUGAAUUAUACAGUUGCAGUAACACUUUAA